AUGAUUGAUAAGAUAGUCACCGUAUUGGCUUGCUUGUCCUUUGCCUAUACGGAUGUCAUCUCUACACAGUACUCUUCGCCAACCGCAGGAUUCUACUCUUCAAUCGACAAUCGCCCAGGUACCAGAAGAGCGUAUCCAACGACUCCUGCUCCGAUAUAUGAAGACAAUAUGGAAGGCUUGCCAAUCCAGUCAACGUCACAACAGUCGCAAUUUUUCCAUGUUUUGAACACUCCGUAUCCAAGCGAAAGUAGAUCCGACAGAAUUGUGAAUACAGGCACCCGUACUCCGUACUUAUCUCAAGCGAUACAAAAUCGCGUGUUAUUCCAACCCGCGUACAAUCCACCACAAGCAAUCAAUACAAAUACAGGACCUAUGACUUUCACUACUCAUACCCAUUCACGCCCAUUAGUCAAUUCAUACUCUGGCCCCGUUGUUGCGACAACAUAUGGACACCCUGCUUUUUCUUUACAUAGUCCAGCUACUAUCUCUUAUUCAGAAUCCCCUGUAACGUCCCAUAGCAUAUAUUAUGGCGGUCAAGGCUCAAGCUUUUCCAGAUACUAUUAA